GAACACCCUAAGCUGCAGGAACAUAUACGAAAGUGCACCGAUGUUGGUGACAUGUACCCGUUGUCAGCUAGUUUUCAGGACCACGUGCAACCAGAUUGGGGCCAGGUAUUCUUGAGGACUAUGGAAGAUGUGCUGUAUAUAAAGUUCAAGCAACAUCCUGACCUUCGGACAUUGCUUUUGCGCACAGGCCUUGCUGAUAUUGUGUAUGCCGAUGCCAAUGAUGCGUACUGGGGCCAUGGUCCUUCAGGUGAUGGUGCCAACAAACUUGGAAAGGCCUUGAUACACGUACGGGACAGACUUUGUGCGGAAGGA